AUGCGAACUGGGGAGAAGGCGAUAUUGAAAUGCCGGGCGGACUUCGCCUACGGGGCAGCAGGAAGCCCACCGAAGAUCCCGCCGAACGCGACGCUGCUUUUUGAGGUGGAACUGCUCAGUUGGACCCGGGAGGAGGACAUUUCUACCCUCAAAGACGGUACCCUGAUGAAACGAACCCUCGUCGAGGGCAUCGACUACGCGAAUCCAGAGUUUGAGGCGGAACUAUGCGCGGAUGUGAUUAUUCAUCUCGGUGCGUACGCUCCGGAGGACGCGAGUGAGCGAACGGCACUGUGGGAGCGAAAAGCCUGGACUUUCGUCCUCGGGGAGACGCCGCUGCCGCCGCUUUUGGAGGAGUGUCUUAAAAAGAUGCGGAAGACAGAAUCCGCGAUCUUCCGUGUGGCUGCCAUGCUCGUCCAGAAAGCCUUUCCCGAAUUCAACAUCCCUUCCGCGGAGGAGCGACAAAACGCUGACAUCUCGUACGAAAUAAAAAUCCACGAGCUCACGACGAUCACGACCUGGGGACUGCCCUCGCAGGAGAAGAUCACGCAGGGGAAUCUUCGCGUGGAUAAGGGGAAUGCGGCCUUUAAGGAGGGGGAUCUCACCCUCGCGGAGCGUUUCUACCGUCGUGCAAUGGAAUUUCUGGGGGAAUAUUUCCCUCCCGAAGACGAGGGCGAGGUGGAAUGGAACAAGGCUCGCGUUCGCGCAAUGAACAAUCUUUCACAAGUUUUGUUAAAUGCGAGUAACUUCAAUGAGGUGCUUGACCUUUGCAACAAGAUUCUCCAAAUUAAUCCUUCCGAAAAGAAAGCACUCUUUCGCAUGGCCAAGUCUCUCAAUAUUCGGCAGGAGUGGGAUAAAGCCCUUGUAGCUUUAGAUAAAAUUCUUUACGAGGAUCCCAACAACGCCGAUGCCAAGGCUCUUCGGAUGCAAGUUUCGACCGAAAAACGAUCCUACAACCAGAAGCAGAGGUCGAUGUUUAAGAAAAUGUUCAACUAA